AUGGAUAGAAGAAGCAGUAACAUCACAGUUUUUAUUCUACUGGGGCUUUCCCAAAAUAAGAACACUGAAGUCCUCUGCUUUGUAUUCUUUUUAUUUUGCUACCUUGCUAUUUGGAUGGGCAAUGUACUCAUAAUGGUUUCUAUCACAUGCACUCAGCUCAUUGACCAACCCAUGUACUUCUUUCUCAACUACCUCUCACUUUCUGACCUCUGCUACACAUCCACAGUGACCCCUAAAUUAAUGACUGACUUACUGGCAGAAAGGAAAAUAAUUUCCUAUAAUAAUUGCAUGAUACAACUCUUUACAACUCAUUUAUUUGGAGGAAUCGAAAUCUUUAUUCUCACAGGGAUGGCCUAUGACCGGUAUGUGGCCAUUUGCAAGCCACUGCAUUACACCAUAGUCAUGAGCAGGCAUAGGUGUAACAUGAUCAUCAUGGCUUGUUGCACUGGGGGAUUUGUACACUCAGCCAGUCAGCUUCUUCUCACUGUCUUCUUACCAUUUUGUGGCCCAAAUGAGAUCGAUCACUAUUUCUGUGAUGUGUACCCUUUGUUGAAAUUGGCCUGUUCCAACACACACAUAAUAGGUCUCUUAGUCAUUGCUAACUCUGGCUUAAUUGCUUUAGUGACUUUUGUUGUUUUGAUGCUGUCUUAUUUUUUCAUAUUGUAUACCAUAAGGGCAUACCCUGUGGAGAGCAAAAGAAAAGCUCUGUCUACUUGCAGUUCCCACUUAACAGUAGUAGUUCUGUUUUUUGGACCUGCUCUAUUCAUUUAUAUCAGACCAGCUACCACUUUCCCAGAAGAUAAAGUAUUUGCUCUUUUCUACACCAUAAUAGCUCCCAUGUUCAACCCUCUGAUCUAUACCCUGAGAAACACAGAGAUGAAGAACGCCCUACAGAAAGUCUGGGGUCAUCAAGUAUUUCUGAAAGGAAAGUAA